CAUUUUAAUUGGCCAAUUUCGCGAAAUACAAACGUGCAGACAAAACUGAAUUUGAAAAUGGAGGUGGAAUUUCGCAAGGACAACUUUUUGCUGCCCGAAACAAAAUAUGAAUAUUUGGAUCACACAGCUGAUGUGCAGUUGCACGGCUGGGGCGCCACGUUGAAAGAGGCGUUCGAGCAAUGCGGCGUCGCAAUGUUUGGCUACAUGACGGAUCUUUCCUAUGUGACUGUAAAAAACUGUUACGAGAUCGAGGCGAAGGGCGACGAUAUUGAAGGUCUGCUCUUUCAUUUUUUGGACGAGCUGCUGUUUCUUUUUUCAGCGGAGCCGUAUUUGGUAUGCAAGAAACUGGAAAUCACGAAAUUCGAUUUGGACAACUUCGAAAUCGUAUGUCGCUGCUAUGGCGAACCCUUCGAGCUAGGCAGGCAUCCACAGGGCACCGAAGUAAAGGCGAUCACUUACUCGGCGAUGCAAGUUGUGCAGGACGCGGUGAAGGGUCUUUACGAAGUGUUCGUCAUAAUUGAUAUUUGAGUAUUAAAUGUGUUUGACUUUGUUGCUGUGAAGUUAACCGAACGCAAUUCGAAUUUGUGCA